AUGCAGAAGGAAAGCUCCUCUCAGCCAGUCAGAUGCCUUCUUGCCGCAAUGUUAUGUGCUAUUCUCCUUGUCAGCCCCCUCACAGUUUUCAUUUUUGGCUUCAAUGUUUCAUAUCCACAAUCCAUUUUUGCUACUUCUGCCAGUACUUCCCAUGACCAAAUUGUUUUGCCUCAUUCCCUGCACGGAGAUAUCUCUCGUUUGCAGAUCCAACUGGGGGUUUUACUGGAGCAGCUGCAUAAUGAAAGUUCAGACUCAAAAGCAAUUGCGAAAUUUUCGGAUCAGGUGCUUCACAUUGCCAUUUCUUUGGACAAACUUGCAGAUAGCUUAUCAAGGCUCUACAGGAAUUCUCCCCCUGCUAAAGCUGAGAUGAGCAAUGUCGAUGAAGAUUUCAGUGAUCCCGAGGAAGCUGAAGAACAGUUUAUGGGUGGGAAGGUCUUCAGUUCAGGUGAGAUUCACAAUUACACUUCACCAAAACAAAACAGGCUAAUUGGGAAGAAGAAUUUUCUUGGGGUAGAAGCAGUAACUCCAUCAAUGGGGUUGGCUUGUGCCAAUAUGGCCACCAAUUUAGACCGGUUUAUGAGUUAUAAGGUUCACAGUACAUGCCCGGAUGAUUGGGGAAUAGCUCAGAAGCUUAUAGUUCAUGGAUGUGAUCCAUUACCAAGAAGAAGAUGCUUCACAAAAUCACCCCCACACUACACCAAGCCAUUUCCUAUAAACUCCCCCCUUUGGACUCAACCUAGUGGUGCUAACAUCCUAUGGAACAAUUACAAGUGCAAAGAAUACUCUUGCCUUGUCUCCAAAGAAACCAAGCACCGAAGAGGCUUCUUCAAAUGCUCAGACUGCUUCAACCUUUCAAAAAAAGGGUGGGAUACUCCAACAAACGAGUUUGAAUCAGCAGAGUUCACCAUUGAUGAAGUUCUAGGGUUAAAGCCGGAGGAGAUAAGAAUCAGCCUACAUUUUAGCCCGACAACAGGAACAUUUGCUUCUAUCAUGAGGGAAAAGAAUGUUACCAUUGUUUCAAGUACCUUAAACUUAGGGGCUCCUUUCAAUGAGGUCAUUGCCUUAAGAGGCCUUCUUCCUCUUUACACAUCAAUUGGCUCAAGAUUGCCCUUCUUUGACAAUGCCCUUGACAUGAUCCACUCUAAUUUGUUCUUGGAUGGCUGGAUAGGAAUUGAACUCCUUCAGUUUGUGUUGUUUGAUUGGGACCGUGUCCUUCGGCCAAAGGGUCUUCCUUGGAUAGACCGCUUCUUCUGUCAUGAGGAGGACUUGAAGUUGUAUUUGGAUGAGUGUAACAGGUUAGGCUACAAGCCAUUACUAUGGAGGGUUGUACCUAAGACUGAUAAGCUUGGAGAUGAGCUCUUCUUCUCAGCUGUAUUGGAGAAACCAGUCAGAGUUUAA